UGCGAAUAUUCAGAUGGAGUGCAACAACAAAGCAUAGCCAACCCACAGGGACGAUCACCUCGAACUUCUGCAGUUACAGCGCAUGAGCUGAUGUUUAAGCCGGUGGAUGUAAAAAGUGGAUCGUCAUCUCUCAUGAACAAUUUGCUUUUAGCGAACAAGUUAAGAGAGCAUAUUGUAAUGGCAGGAAAAACCAUUUUGUUGAGUCUUGUUGUAUUUAUAACGGUGGUAAUUGGACGGCUGUAAAAUUUAUCAAAAGCACUGUAUACUAGGAAUAAAUAGUAACCACCUGAGGCCAGCAGUAACACAAACCAAAUUAAGCGUAUGGCAAAAUGACGUUUCAUAAACAUAUAACGGAUUCCAUGCAGUGUUGUGUCCUCCGUAAAUUCUCUCCACAUCUCCAAUGAUUUCCUCUUGUCACCGUUAUUAUAAUUCUGAACAGUAUGUCUUGGAAUUUCCUGGGAAAACGUUUCCUCCGGAAUUUCAGUCAUCCAUCCAUCUCUUUUAACCUCCAUAUUGGCUGUGCUUGGUUCCUGCUUGAUUUUGCUGAUGUAAAAAUUGUAAAAUGACCGCAAAUUUAGUUGCUUUUUUCGUAACGUGCCGCUAGCUUUCUUCUUAGGCAACUCAACGCAUAAAGGUAGAGAGAUUUACUGCUGGUGAAGAGAAAAAGGGGGAGCAGGGGUUGGCGCCGGCAGAAGUUGAGAAAACUUCAACCUCCCCUCUCAGCCUCCCUUGCCUGAGAUCCUCAAAACCAUAAAAUCUUCUUGCCUGAUAAUUACGUGAAGUCUCGAAGAAAAUUUGGAAUGGGUUACAUUUCUUAUUUAAACAAAAGGUCAUUCAAGUCAAUUUAGAGUACAAAAAACUAAAAAUGAAAAAGAAUUAAGAAGACGAAAUUUUAGUUCAUCAAACGACAAUACUCUUGAUUUAUCUUAAGCUUUCGUGGCUUUCAGUCCCUGGUACAAGAAGGAGCGCUGCAAAUUUGAUACUUUUGCAAUUAUUAAUGAACUUACCGAAAAAACGGCGCAACUGCAAUCUCAGGAAAUAAACAUUUCAAGUUCUGAUAGGUUCCUUGAAAAAGUCAAAUUGUUUGCUUGUGAGUGACAUAAAUAAUGAUAAAAAAAUAUUCAUUACAUGUUAAGAAUCUUACCUCUUUAGAUGAGACUGAUGAGACAUCAAUUUCACUUCAUUAUACAAGGAUCUACAAGGCUUGAAAGACUCAGUAUGAUAACGAAUUUUAAUGAAUGUGACAAUUUUCCAGCAUUUGCUCUCAUUAUCGCCGAAGGCUUAGCCACCGCACUAAUAGAUAAUAAACGUUUAUAUUUCCGCACAGUUUUAGUUUCUUUUUGUGUAAUGAAAACUAAUAUUUUCUAAUUUCUUGUAUGUCUUAAAAUGGACUUCUAGAUAUCAAUUAACGGGGUAGAAAUCUCGCAUACAUGUGCAAAUAAUUAAAAUUAUUUGAUUUAUUUGAUGUGUUUAUAUACAGUCAUAGAGUAUAUCUUCCAUUUAUAAACUGUAUUGCAUUGCUAAUUGCUGUAUAAAUCGAAUUCCUGAUUGACGAAUUUCAUAAUUUCAUCUUUACGUUCACCACCUAACUAAACUGAAAGAUAACUGUUUACUUGAAUAUACAACAUUUGAGCGGUUCGACUUUUGCAACGCGUCAGGAAAAUGUUAGAUAAAAUAUUAAAUAAUAAUUGAAAUUACAAGAAACCCCUGAGUUUCCAUUUUCUCUAUUAUGUUAUCCGGGUUAUUUUGGAAUACUGUCAGUUAUUAUACUUAUAUAAUCGAUUUAGGGACUUACGAUGGUUUCGCGAUUGAUUUGCAAACAACAGUGCUUGAAUUUAUAGGAACUAAACGUGAUGUUCCGCUUAUACCGCUACUAUCAAAAUUCUUAUUUUCGGUUUUAUAAGGUAGCUAUACGUACCUACUUGUCUAUAGGUAGGGCAAUUAAUCGACAAACUUUUUUUAUCCUCCGCAGUUUUCUUUAUACUUGGUUUAGGUAAAUAACUAAUCCGAUCUAGGGAUGUCAGUCACUGAUCUCCUAACUUUUACCGUUGAUUAGCAAUUAGAAGGAAACUGUUGUUAACCCAUAAUUAAACUGCUGGAGAAAAAUGAUUAAGAUCAGAAAAUGGAAAUUUGUAUUCAUCUGUUGGUAAAUACAUAGAAAUAAAAAUUAAAUUGUGAAGCAGUAAAUGGGUUUCAGUUUGACUUUUUUCAGUUUAAAUUUUCUGACUUCAGGAAGUUAUUAAUGAGGUUCAACAACGAACCACAAUACUUCCAAUUCAGCAUGUAGACUGAAUUUUUAUCAGUAAAAUCAGAGGUGCCAAUGUCAUACUUACAUUUACAGCUGUUCUCCCGUGAACUAUUGCUCUACAGGUCAGUGAAUUGUUAUUCAAUUUUUUGUUAUAAGUGUUGGCUAAAAAAAAAAUCAAAAUUGCUUGUUCGUGGAUAAACCUACCUCACCUAUGCUUUUAUUUAAAUAAGAGCCGUCCAAGGUAAAAAUUUUUUCAAGCGAACCAUGUAUCUUUGGCAACAUCAGAGGCCCCACUAUUGUAGAAUAACAAUUAACUUUCUUUUGUUUUACGGCCACGGUCAACUCAUUAUGACUUAAAACACUAUUUUGGGAAGUUCAAGUAAACGUCGACUCGUCCGGUUGGAUUGGGACACUCCAUUUUUUUUUUAUUAUCCUAUGGAGUUGUUGUUGUCGGCAACAUUGAAGACUGCAUAUGAGCGGACCAAAUUUCAGCCCACCUACUUUUUAUUCGCUCCGCCGCCGCUGAUUUACGUAUAAAUCCAAAAUAAUAAUUAGUUUGUGAAGUUAGUGCAAUCACUAUUAUUUAACUAACGACAUUUCAUGAUAUACUAUCAUUUGUGAUAGCUUGCCUAUGAUGCCCUAUAUGUAAUGCUUGUAGGAAUCAUGAAUAAUAUUUCUUUCCACUUAUAGCAUAAUUUCCUCUGUGUAGUCGAAUAUCUAGCUAGGCCUUCGGGUAAUUCUGGUUUACAGCUAUCUCUCAACGCAUGUUUCCUCAGCUGGCUUCUUAUAAUAGAGAAACAUUGCGAAUUUUAAUAAUCAAUAAUCUGCUUACUUUAAUGCUACUGAUAAUCGAAUUGUCCUUGCACAAAAAUAGUUUCAAAACGUUUAACUAUAACAAAGUUUAGACUUUAAGCUUGAAGAACGAUUAAUUUCUACUCUAUGUCUUAAGUAUGAAUUUUAAAUAAUAGCGGCCGAAAAUGGUGGCCAUUUGAAUUAUGUCACAGAUCCCGCCCUCAUACGGCUCAUUUUAGCGUAUCUAAGAAGGCCGUUUACAGUGCCGCUUCAUCUUUUCAGAAUAUUGUAAUGCAGGAAAAUCCCAGGGGUUUUCAACCGACUUCCCCGGGACCUUUCACAGUGGUGGGGUAUGAAUUAGUUUGAACGUUCGAGGGCUAAAAUAGUGCCUGAUUGAAAUAAUCAUAAUAAAAAAAAAACACGAUGAUAAAAAUUACGAACCACGACCAAUGCGGGACGCGUUGAUGCACUGUUAUCUUCUAUUUAAAGGCGCCGUACAGAUGUCAUAAUUAAUGGCCUACCUUUCUACAACCAGUUGCAAAAGUACUUGAGACGCUGUACCGUAUUUUGGCAUAAGUGGCCUGUCCAUGAUCUUGUGCUUGUGAUCACCCCUCCACCCCUUAUCAAAGUUGCUAGCAAUACAAGACCAUACUCAAAACUUGGAGGAACAACUUUGAAUGGGAGGGAGGAGGGAGGUCAGUAUUAUAUCUUACAGACCUGUGACCAGGAGCGAUUUGAAGCAAGAAAGGUCGUUUUUCCGUGGGAGUGUCUCAACAUUUUUACAACUGGUUGUAGCGAUGUUUAAUAAUAGUAAAAAAAAAAAAACAAAACGAUAGAAAUGAUGACAUCUUAUUAUAUGGCUACAAUAAUACGCGCACUCUGAUGGGCUGCUUUCUUGUAAUGACUGAACAUUACCAGCUACGUAUGAAACACAUAUACAAUCUGUGUUUAACUUGAUAGUGGACAUCCUUAUGGACAUCCAUGCUAUGGUCAAUUGACAGCUGUCAAAAAGGUAUCCGCUGACCAGUGUCGCCUUACUGUAUUGCGGCCUCAACUGUACAACUCAUUGAGGUGACCAGGUUUUUUUUAAAGUUAUCCGUUGACCAGCUGUUGGUUUUAAUUAAUCGCAGGCUCAGUUACGCUAUUACCGUAACUGUGACUAUUCUUAAAUCGUAACUACCCAUGCUGAUUUUGAUUAGGGAUUGUUUAAUUUGUAAAGCUGAAAUUAAUGAAAAAACCGACAGCCUAGCGAACAACAUGCACUUCAAGCUUGUCAUUACAGAACCUGCCUCGUUAUGAUAUACGUUUCAAAUAAGCUAGACAAUUCUCACUUUAACUUAAUUCUACACAGGCUGCCAACCACAAAACUUUACUUUACAUUAAAAUCGAUAAAUCACAAGUACAGACUACCUGCAAAUAUCGAAGCUAAUCGAGGCAGGUAUGUACAUACUAUGGAGACGUAUCACUUACACAAAUAAAUUACAAUAUUACUACAAAGAAAGUUGCAUGAUAAUAAAUAUGGUAUUACAGAUUAAAUACAAUAAUUACUAUAAGUAUUAUUUUGUCAUAAAUAAGAGGCUAGAGGAAGGAUAAAAAGACGUAGGAUUACUGGCUUAUGAAGUCACAAGCAUUUAAAAGAUAAAUUUUAAAUUCUCUUCAUUUCAUUCAAUAACAUAUCUAUAUCAACAUAACUGUCAAAGUUUAAGGAAGAUCUGUUUGGUUGAAGCAAAAAUUAAUGUUUAAUUUACAGAUUACCAACUGGAGAGGCACUAAAACCACGUUUUCAAAGGAAUCACGGCAGGUGAAAGUGGAAGAGAAAAAAUACAUUAUUGGCUAAAGUAACUUGCACGAUAUCGUGCUACAGAACCGGAACAGUACUUUUUUUUUAAAUAAAAAAGUCCUCUUUUUCUGUGCAAUCAAAAAAGUUUGAAUAAAAGCGCAAAAGUAGACAUGUACUUUUUUUUAUUACCUUUCCAGCUUAAGGGGAACUUUCGCUUUAGAAGCCAAAGCAGUUAUCUCAGAAACAUCCCCUUUAUUAUUUGCUUAUACUUCAAAAGGACAUGAGUUUUCGGCAAAGUAAAAUUGAUAAGUAACAUAAUUAUUAUUCCAUUUUUCAUUAUUUAUAUACCACAAUAUUUAAGCGUUACAUCGGCUGUUUACGAUCACCUGCUUCUUGUUUGGCCCCCUUACUGAAAAUACAGCAUUUAUUAUACAUGUGGCUAUAGAACUGACGAGCGGGAAAAUUGUUUUGACACAUCGAGCUGACACAGUAAGCUACAGUGCGACAAGAGAGUUCCUUUCUUAUUUUCCUCACGAGAGAACUACAAAGAGCCUGAACGGGAAACGGCCAACUUGGUCUUUGAUCGAAAAGCCUUGCCGUCGAUUUUGUGGCCUGGCAGCCAUUCAUAGUACAGCGUACCAUAAAAAACAGGUUAUGAGUGCAUAUGUGAGUCUUAUUAGUUAAUACUACUUAAGGCCGACAGUACAUGCAACAUCAGGCUUACCAAGGACUUUAAUUUUAACGUGUACCAUAGUGUAUUAUUGUAUUUUGUAACGGAAUUGUAAAAAUGAAUAAACAUGUCUGUGGAGAAUUAAAUUUAAUUGGCCAAACAACUGACGUCGACUGUUUAAAGUGCGAAAGGGCUUGUUACAUUUAAUUUUGUGUUGUUGCUGCGAAAAAUAAAGUUAAAUAAAGAAGUAACAACAGGAGCAACACUAGUAGGCAAAAACAUUUUGUCGAUAAGACAAUAAAGAGUCGAGAGAAUUGGUAACUUCUAAGGAGGAAUUUCUUUUCUCUUUUAAAGAUGUAGCAAUCAAAAGCCAGUUACCCGUCGGUAAAUAUUAGUUGAAAAUCUUUGGAAUGCUUUUCUUGGAACUCUUGUUUUGAUAGUUAACUAUGUGUAACUGUUUAACAUUGUGUUUAACUCGUAUAAUUUGCAGAAGGGCGCGUUCCCACUGAAUUUAUUCGUCACUGAUUGUAUGUAGGAGAUGAUGAUGAUCGAAAAGAAAACAUCACCUGAAUGUUGGACUACAGAGAGUGAGAGUCAAGGGGAAAAUUUACCCAAAAAGCAAAAGCCCUCAACAGAGACUUGGGAAGAAUUUACUGAUAACACAACACUUCAUGGUCUUAAGUAUGUCUUCAAGAAACGCCAUUUCGCGAUUCGUUUGUUUUGGGUUUUGCUCCUUCUUGUCGCACUCACUUACUACGUUAUAAUAGUUUACAGGGCAUUUAGUAAAUACUACAGCUAUCCCAUUAACACUUUGGUGUUAACAAAGCAAGAUCUUAAAGAAAUGGAUUUCCCAGCCAUAACAAUCUGCUCUCACAACUACCUCGCUAAGAGCAAACUGUUUAUGAGAGAUGACAACCCCCUAUUUGCGGCCAGCGGUUUGAAUAUCACCUUGUGUGACAUCACGAAAAAGGUUCGAGGCAAUAACCCUUGUGGCUUGAGUUUAAUUUGUUGCUGCCAGCCACCUCAUACCGUAAACAUGUCUAUCAGUCUACCAAACUGUACAAAAAAAUACAGACAUGAUCUCCUGUCAGCCAGACAUCAAUCGAACUUCAAAUCUGAAGUCGAAAUUUUCCUGGAGCGUUAUAGCCAGGACAUAAAAUCCCUCGUUGGCCCUUUGUGUAAGUUCGGCGGUACCACAUCUUGUUCGGCAGAAAGUUUUGAUCCCAUUUUCACACCAACAGGAAUGUGCUACACAUUCAAUUCAGCGAGGAAUGGGAAAGUAAGAACAGUGAACAAUGGCGGAGUUUCAUCUGGAUUGUCGAUCAUUCUUGAUGCUCAGACACCCGAGUAUUUUCAAGGAAAGAUGUCGGUGGGAUUCAAAGUUCUGGUUCAUGAUGAAUGGGAAGGAAUCAACGUAGGACCAGGACAACACGCUGUCAUAGCUCUCACACAGAAAAAGGUAAGAUUUAGUUCUUUAACUUUGUUCAAAGUGUAUCAAAUCAGGUAAGUUGAAUAUCUUGAUCUCAAAUAAUUUUGUAUCUGGUGUCUUUAAUUAAUGCUCAAAGUUCAUAUGAUGAACACACUAAAAGUAGUAAACAAAACAACAUAACUCAAGUGUCUUGGCCUUUAACUCACUGUUUGGAAAAACACUCUAUUUUUUAUUUUACAACAUUCCUGUCUCCAAAAUUAUCCACAGCGCCUUCUUAAUUGGCUACAAAAAUGGACGAAAUAACAAUACCUUUAAUAUGCUCUCAUCAGUUUGACGCCCAAAAAACCCAGUGUCGUUGAUUUUCCCUUGUUUAUUUUUCUCAUUGCAGUAUAAGAACCUAGAAAAACCUUACCCUACAAACUGUACAAAGAGGAGCUUAAAAGCGUACACCAGCUACACUGCAGAGGGAUGUUUUUUCGAAUGCAAAGCGGAAAUAAUUACCAAGAAAUGUGGCUGUCGGCUUUCAGGAUACACAGGUAUGAUGUAACUAAAACAAGAAACAACAAAUCACUGAGUAACACCCAAAAACCCAGUCGUUACAGCUGAAAAAAAGAUGGGAAAAUAGAGGAAGAGAGAAAGACAAAAGAAUAGUAAAGAAUACCGAAACAUUGAGACAACAACAGCAAAAAAAAAAAACAGCAAUUCCCCACUUCCACAAUAUCAUUCCUACCUUUAUCAGAGUGUAAUUUGUCGGGUUGACAAUACUCGGAAAUUAUCCUUUUUUUCUUUGGCCCUGAUUAACAAGUAUGAGCAAAAUAAACUGAACACCGUUACUGGCUAGACAGUAUAAUUUUCUGUUACGUUCGUGUUUUGUUUUUCUUAAUUAAGGUGCACCUGAACACGUCACUUGCACAACCGUGGAAGAAUAUUUGUGUGUUUACAAAAUUCAGGGUAAGUAAUCCUGUCUUAGGUUUCUCAAGGGUACUAAACGUAUUUCUAACGAUAAAGGCCUGGCUUUUGCAAAGAUAUUAAACCUUCUUUUAUAUCAUUUUUGUUUCUGUUGGCGUAAAGUGUGGGGAUUACAUAUUUAUACCGCAUUUUAACGGGCUUUGAUUUUCUGAUUAGUAGAUAGCCAAACAACUUCUUUUGAUGCUCUUGUACUGAUUUUUUUGCGUGUUAACAUAUUUUUUUUGAAAUUGUGUUUCAUAAAAAAAAGAAACGGUUACCAAGAAGACGUGUGGAUGUGAAGUUCCUUGUUACUAUUCCAAAUACAGCGCUGAAGUGAGCUAUUCAUACUUUCCUGAUCCAGGCACAGCCGCUGCAUUUAUAAGACAUGGUUAUUAUGAUGAUCAUCGAUAUCAGAGGUGAUUUUUUAUUGCUACAAAUUAUUGUCAAGUAAUAGAUACUGUAACAACCAAGCUAUCUAGCAUAACAUAACAUAACAGACCCAACGUAACGUCAUGCAACUUAACUCAACGCAACGUUAAAUAACUAAAUGUAACGUAAUGCACUGUAACAUAACGCAGGUUCACUUAACACAUUACAACGAAAGCUAACAGAAAAAAAUGAGAUAACUUAUAUCGUAGACAUGACAUAGGACUGCAUGUAAAUGUGUAACAUAAACACAAAUAGGAAUGGAAACAUGAAAUUUACAAAUAAAACAGUAACAAAUGCGACAACGUGAACUUAACUUGACCUAGACCUAGCGUAACGUACAUAUUACCUGAAAUAACGAAAAAUGUAAUGGAUAUAAAAAUAUAAUGGUGAAAAGUGUUAAAAUUAAAGGUAUUUACCCAUUGUCAGAGCAGUUCACCUUCAACGCAGUGAAGUGCGAACAGGUACAAAAAAUUGUCAUAUCAAUGGCGAGUGGUAAGGCCCCUGGGGUUGAUAAAAUCCCAAUCCAUGUGAUCAAAGAUUGUUUGCCUGCUAUCUUGCCAUCGUUAACGUCUAUUAUUAAUGCUACCUUUGAGUUUGACACCUUCCCUUUGGCCUGGAAAACAGCUGAAGUGACACCGAUACUUAAGGCUGGAGACCACGAUAUUCCAAACAAUAAUAGACCGAUUUCAUUACUCCCUGUCCUUUCUAAAGUCUGUGAACGUGUCGCUCACAAUCAACUUACGUCAUAUCUACUUUCGAGAGGCCGUUUAUCAUCCAAACAAAGCGGAAAUAAACAGUGGCAUUCAACGGAAACAUCUGUCAUUCAAACAACUGACGAAAUCCUAAAUGCCAUUGACAAAAAGAAACUGACUGCAGUUGUCCUUCUUGAUCUAAGCAAAGCUUUCGACAGUAUUGACCAUCAAAUACUCCUCGCUAAGUUACAGGACAUUGGUGCGUCCAGACCUGCGAUAAAAUGGCUCGGAAGCUAUUUAGCCUCGCGAUACCAAUUUGUGCGAAUAAAUACAACUCUGUCGACCAAACUACCUGUUAGCUCUGGCGUUCCACAAGGGAGCAUCCUUGGCCCAUUACUCUUUAACAUCUACGUUAAUGAUCUCCCUUCUGUGCCAGAAAAUUGUACAUCGCAGUGUUACGUCGACGAUACCAAACUUCUCAUGUCAUUUCAACUCCGCGAUCAGCACGAAACGAUAGAAAAAAUGAACAAGGACUUGUUAAGCAUUAGGAAUUGGUGCUUUGAUAAUCAGCUUUUACUCAACCCAGAUAAAACAAAACUAGUGAUAUUCGGCAGCCGGCAAAUGACUGCUAAGUUUAGCGACUUUAGGCUAUUUCUAUUGGGGAAGGAACUCGAGCCCGUUAAGGCUGCAAGAGAACUUGGUGUCACACUGGACUCUAACUUAACAUAUAAUGAGCAUAUUGUUUCUACUGUAUCCUCAUGCAUGUCACGUUUGGGCCAAAUUAACCGCGUUAAGCAUAUUUUUAAUAAACACGCGCUAAUUAUUAUUAUAAAUGCCUUAGUAUUUAGUAAAUUAUUCUAUUGCUCUUCUGUUUGGAGCAAUACUACUCAAACUAAUCUGGACAAGCUCCAAGCAGUACAGAAUUUCGCUUGUCGUAUUUUGAGCGGCGCUAAAAAAUUCGAUCACAUAACUCCUUUGCUAAAAGACUUGCGCUGGCUACCAAUCAGGCAACAACUUUAUUUUCGUUUUGCUGUUCUGGUUUUUAAGUGCAUGACGAGUUGUGCUCCGGAGUAUUUGACAUCAAAGCUCGUUGGAAGAUCCGCCGUCUCGACAAGGAAUACGAGAAAUUCUCAACUUUUGAACAUACCACUCUUCCGCACUGCCAGCGGCCAAAGGACCUUUCAAUAUAGAGCAACCUCUCUCUGGAAUGAGUUGCAGCCUGCGCUCAAACUUAGCCCAUCCGUGACGGAAUUCAAGUGUUUACUCAGGCAAAAGCUUCUUAAUGACUGCUUUAUUUAAUUAAUUUAAUUAAUUUUAUUGACCUUUGUCUUCUUUUAUCAUUGUUAUAUUCUUAUUGUCAUGUACUUGGUUUAUAAUUUUGUAAUGUAAAAUUGACUCUGAAAAGCCCCGUGGGGACGAGCCAAUAAAGUAUGUAUGUAUGUAUGUAUUUAAUUUCAUGUUGUUGUAUUUUCGUAUGUGUUUUUUUUCCCAGAGAAAAUCUUGUCUAUUUACAAGUGGGCUUCAAGACGAUGAGCUAUGACUUGCAGGAAGAACAGCCAGCUUAUGAUACAAAUUCUUUAUUUGGUAUGCUAUUUUAUGUAAUUACAAAAGUCUUGUCUAUCUUCCCCACUUACAAUUCUCGACUAGGGACUAGUCACCCCGAAACUAUAGGAGAAUGGGUAAAACAAUGUCUGGGAUCGUUUGGGUGGACCAAUCAUAACAAACGCUUGUGCACCCAAAUGAUUUCAGGAACUACUGCACCCAAAACUGGCUUGAACCCAUUCUUCUUACAGUGUCUACAGGGUAAAUAAAUCCGUCAUGGCGUUAUUUUAUCCUCAGAGUACACUCUUUUGUCAAGUAGUCGAAUGCAAGUCAUCAUAUAGUUCACGUGCAGUGAUGGGGGUUUCUGAAUCUCCAUGCUUCUCUUUUUCACGGGUACUUCAGGAUAGACUGCCAUAUACUCUUGUAAUAUAUGUCAUUUCCCUUAUUUUUUAGGCGAGAUAGGAGGCAGCAUGGGAUUGUUCCUUGGAUGUAGUCUGAUAACUAUCUGGGAGUGGCUGGACUUCAUAUUGACUCAAAUAUUCACAGCCAGAGAACGUCGCCUUGCACAUCCAGCGUGA